GAGGGGGCCCUGAUACACCAGGCAGCGCGUGAUUGGCCCUGUUCCCCUUGCAUUCUGCUGCUCGGGGGCCCCCGUGGAGGCCCAUAAAUAGCCUUCGUGGCGGCCGCGGAGCACAAUGCACUCGCCGUCACCGCUUGUUCAAGCUACAUUUUAAUUUCCCUCUUUGUUGAGUUUCAUCCCACCGUCCCGGCAGCAUCAUGACAACGUCGGCGAGGCUUCUGCUCGCGGCGCUGGUCGCCACGGCUCUCGUAGCGUCCGGCGGAGCGGCGCGUCAGGUCGCGGGGGUUAGGAAGGACGCGAAGGGGGCCUCCGUGGGGAAGGGGGGCGACUUUGGCAGGGCCGACGAGGCCGCGGACAGGGUCUCGCGCCCCUUCAAGUCCCUCGACGGAGGAUGGGGAGACUCCAUCCCGUGGGUCCAGACGUACGAGGAGGGCCUGAAGAUGGCAGCGGAGCAAGGGAAGCCGCUCAUGGUGAUUCAUUGGUCCGAAGCGUGCCCCUACUGCAUAGCCCUCCGCGAGGCCUUCAAGAACCACGGCGAGGUUCAGAGGAUGGCAGCAGAGGACUUCGUGAGCGUCAACCUGCAGACCGAGACCUUGGAUCAAAACCUCGCUCCCGAUGGUCGCUACGUGCCCAGGAUCAUGUUUGUCGACCCGUCCAUGACGGUGCGAGCUGACAUCGGCUCGGGCUACAGGAACAGCCUCUACGCCUACCACUCGGACGAGGUGUUCCGUCUGGUGGACGCCAUGAAGAAAGCCAAGGUUCCCCUCAAGACGGAGCUGUAGUGCCAAGCGAGGAGCGACCACGACCCGGCACCUCCACACGGCAAGGGGGUGGGGGGCGGGGAAGACGGUGGGGGGGAUGG